UACUUGCACUUUGAUUCCAAUCGAAUGAGUUACAAUAGAGCCUACAAAAGGUGUUACAUUAUAUUUAUUUAAUUGUGAUAAUUUAGCUGAACAAGUACAAAUUUAAAUAUGGCCGAUCCCAGUAAUGAUUGGGAAGGCGAGAUGUGUCAGCUGCUACACGAGACUGAUGCCACGCAGGUUGCCACGCUGGCAAAUCAUCAGAGUGUCCCACACAUUCAACCAAAUGCCUGAAGAUCUCUUUACAAAUAUGCCAACAGCUGAUGUCGAGGAAUUUUUUAAAUUAAAUCCUGAAGGCAAGCAGCAGCAGCAGCAGCAGCUACAAGCUUCAGAAGAUACUCGUGUGCCACAAGUUCAAAAAAAAACAAAAAAGAGCAUAUGCCGCAAUAUCUUUGGUGGGCUGUCGUUCUGGAUCGGGCUACUAUACGUUUUUGAUUUUUUGCUGUCCAUUCACCUUAUGCACCCAAAUGAAAACGCAUUUAAAGCUGCAACAGAGGAAGGAUGGCUGCCAAUCGGUUGGUUCUUUUACUUUUGGCUCGUGCUCAUAGUAUGUGCGAUUCUUUUAUACGAUUUUUUUUGUUAAUCUGUUUAACACACCCCAAAAACUGUGCUGUACUACUACUGUACCGUAAUAUCCACAGCACACAUUUUAAUCAAGUUUAGAAUUUCCAACACAUUUCGGUCUAUAGAAUUUUUGUAUUAUUUAUUUUUUUAUUUUUCUUUUGAAUUUUUCAAUGCUAUCAACACACAACUCACAAAGCAAUAAUUAAUUAAUUAAUUAUAGGAAAUGAAAUGCCGCAAAGUUUCUCACCUGGCGACAAACAAUUUUCCAAAAUAUUCCAAUUUCCCACGCUCCACGCUCCAAACGCGAAAAUUAUUUGCAGGCAAACGGCCAAAUGGCACCUGUCUCUCCUACACCCAAUCACCCUCUCUCUCUCUCUCGCUCUCUCUCGCUCGUUCGAUCUCUCUGUCUCGCUUUCUCUAUUAUUUUGUCAAAUGUAUAUUUAUUACCGGAAAUGUAAAACAACAUUGUUGAGGGCUGAUCCAGGGGCUGGAGGAGGGGGCUGCGACCAAAAUGACAACGGUGGCAACAGAUGCCAAAUGAGGUGGUUCCCUGCGCGGUGAAGAGGUGAAGCUGCUGUGGGGAAGUUUUGUGAGGUGCACAUGGGCAGGAUGUCGCUUCUGUUUCGGUUCAGCCAAUGGACAAUUUUCAACGGGAAAUGAUUUUAAUUGAUUUCUGUGUGACAUUUUGUUAUUACAAGCUAAAUGGGAUUUCUCAAUCACCAAGCCACCAGAGCAAUUCGCUUUAAGAAUAUUAAAAAGGUAGAAAGGAUAGGAGUAUAUACCUAUAUAUAAAAAUAUAUAUAUAUAUAUAUGUUAUAUUGGCGUAUACUUAAUAUAAGUAUUUUGAUUGCAAGUUUGGCUAAAAGGUCAACGAAAUGGGCCCCAAACUUUUAGCAAUUUUGAUUGAAAAUAACACUACACUACAAAGAAAAAUUAAUUCUAGAUUUUGGCUACAAUUUGUAUAUCAAAAUUACAGUACAGAAAUUUGCAAAAAUUAAAUUUAUUUACAA